UUCUCUUUCCUCAAUCUCAAGUUCUCUCUCUCUCUUCUUUCUCUUGUCUCCUCAACUAAGAUCUCCCUCUUCUCUCUCUCUCUUUCCUCUCUCCUCAACUAGAUCUAGGGUUUCUUAUUUCUACUCCACCUUACCCUCGUACAUCUGCUUUUCCGGUGGCCGUCCUGAUCAAAUCCGAAACAAGGUUCUCUAUUCCGGCGGCUUCAACAGUUUAACAUGGUUGGUAGUACUGUAGCAUCGUUUAUUCCAGUGGCUGUCGGAAAUGUUAUCUAUAUUGAAGCGAACAAUGGGGCAGUUAAGUGGGUGGGAAUAAGUGAUGCUUUUUCCACAGAGUUCGACCUUGAGGCAAAGGAGUCUUUCCCACUUCCUAAAGGAGAAGUUCACAAAAUAAAACAAAAAAAAAGGAAAUUGUGCAGCCUGAUCAGGAUGUUAACUUGGUAAUUAAGGGGUUCAAGCUGCGAUUUUGACAAAUUUAAAGAUGCUACUGCUGCCCUGCAGCUACUGCCUCGCAAGGCAGCUGCUACCUCGCAAGGCAGCUGCUACCUCGCAAGGCUGCUGCUGCUGCAGCUACUGCCCGCUUCUAUGCUCUUGUUGUUCUUCUGGUCUACGCUACUGCUUCUAUGCUCCUGUAGAUGCUGCUGCUAUACUCUACGCCACUGUUGCUAAUCUGCUCUAAGCUACUGUUGUAAAUAUUAUUACAGUCGAUCUGUUACAAUAUAAAACUAUAUUCUUUUUUUUUUAAUUAAAAUUGUAAUGUUACAGCUUUAUAUUAAUAAAAAAAAUAUAA